AUACCAUUACCUUUCAGUUGUUACCAUACGUCGUAAACAAACGCUCGAAGUUGUUAUUGGAAAUUUGUAUCUUUUUCAGCGUUUAAACCAUAUAGAGCCAGUAACGAUCUUUGCUCCUACAUAUCGUUUGUACUACAAUCAACCUUAUCAGUUUAUCAACAGUUGUUUAAUGGCUAACACCACAGCUGGAGCUGUCCGUGGGUUUCCUCAAAAAUUUAUGUGUUCCAAGCAUGGUUUAAGUGCUUUCCCAGGAGUUGCAUUAUAUUCACCAAAAACAAGAUCAAUGUCUGCAAAAGCUUUUCAGUAUGCAAAACUACCAUCAUUACCUGUUCCAAAGCUUAGUCAGACUCUGGAACAAUACAUAAGGACUGUGAAACCCUUAUUGACGAAAGAUGAAUUUGCCAUUACAGAGCAAGUGGCGAAGAAUUUUGGUGCCCCAGGUGGGGUAGGUGAAAAGCUCCAACUCAUGCUAGAAGAAAAAGGAGCAAAUGAACCAAAUUGGCUCAGUGAAUGGUGGCUUGAUUCCGCCUAUUUGAGUUACAGACUUCCAGUACUGGUUCAUUCCAACCCUGCCUUAGUUUUCCCCAAACAGAAUUUCUUAUCUCAGAGAGAACAGUUAACCUAUGCAGCCAAGCUGAUCGCCGGAGCGCUCCGCUACAAGGCAAUCAUAGAUAGUGGGAAACUGGAACAGGACUAUUUGGGGAAAAACCCAUUGGACAUGUCACAAUAUACGAAAGUGUUCAACGGAUGUCGAAUCCCAGGCUUAAAAACUGAUACCAUUCGUCAUGCUUUGGAUUCUAACCAUAUCAUCGUGGUUCAUAACAAUCAAUUCUUUAAAUUAGUAGUAUAUAAGGAAAAUGGACAAGUAUUGGAUGACAGAGAUAUUCUUGAUGGAUUGAACUGUGUCACCGACAAGUCUAACGGUCCUUCCGCUGGUGUCGGAUUCUUGACUACGGAGUCUCGAAAUGUUUGGGGUAUAGCCCAUGAAGAAUUAAAUAAAGACCCUGUGAACAGAGCAUCACUGAAAGCCAUAGAAGAUUCCAUAUUUGUCAUGUGUCUUGACAAGCCGAGCAAAAUCGAAGACAAUGCGACGAUAUCCACUCGCAUGGCUUUGCAACUUCUGCAUGGUUACGGAUCAGCCAACAAUUCAGGAAAUCGUUGGUUUGACAAAACUUUGCAGCUUAUUGUGAGUGAAGAUGGAGUGAACGGUCUCUGUUACGAGCAUUCACCUACCGAAGGUCCCCCAAUUGCUAAUCUUGCCGAUUUCAUCGUCAACUACACACAGGAGAAAGCUUUGGACGGUGAUGAGCUGCAUUUGUCUCCUGAUUGCGAGCGUUUAACUUUUAAUCUUACGCCUGCGCUUGAGGAGACCGUGAAGUUGGCGAAACGUAACGUGGACCUGUUGGUUCAGGAUGUACAGAUGAAUUCGUUCAGUUUUGACAAAUUUGGCAAAGAAGAUAUUAAAGCCCUCAAAUUAAGUCCCGAUAGCUUUAUACAGAUUGCUAUUCAAAUGGCAUUCAUCAGGCUGCAUGGACAUCCUGCUGCCCAUUACGAAUCUGCUUCCACCCGAAAAUUCCACGGCGGAAGAACGGAGACCAUCCGAAGCUGUCUUCCAGAAAUUGUCGAUUUUGCCAAUCUUCACUUGGAAAAAAAUCGUCCCCAAGAAAAAUAUAGAGCUUUACAGGCCGCUGUUAACGCCCAUAAAAGAUACGUUGGAAUGGCUAUAAAUGGUCAGGCAAUUGACCGCCAUCUUUUGGGUUUAAAAAAACUUGCUAUCGAGAAUGGAAUUGAUAUACCUAGUCUUUUCCUGGAUCCUGGUUACCCUAUAUCAAAUAACUGGCGCUUAUCCACAAGCCAAGUCGCAGCCGUCAACGAUAUGGUUAUGUGUUAUGGACCCGUCACGCCAGACGGAUAUGGAUGUUGCUACAACCCUCGGCGUGAUGCGAUAAAUUUUGCGGUUUCUGCCUUCAAUUCGAAUCCCACAACUUGCGCCGAAAAGUUUGGGGAUGCACUCAAGAAGUGCCUGGAAGACAUGAGGGACGUUGCUGCAAGUUCUGUCCCAAGUAGCCUUUAAACCCAACAUCAAUCGUCAUACGAAUACCUUUGUCACUGAUGUCAUACUGUUGGGCCCUGUAGCUAGCAGUUUGCCCUAUACGCGGGAAAUAAAUGGGGUUGCUCCCUUAUGCCACUAAACAUGCUCUCUACUCAGCUGGCGAAAUCUUACACCAUAUGGUUGUCUUGUGUUAUCGCUUUUGUCUUUACCAAUGAUGUUACCUGUCUGCAUUGUCCGCGUGGUUUCCCUGUAAUAUGCCACAUGGUGGCAAAUGAUUGGGAAUGUAACUGACUGCAUUGCCUAGUCGAUCUUCCACGUGUCUUCAGAUGAAUCUGAUACGCUUAUUUUGUUUCUUACGACUUAGUCAUCGACAAAAAAAAAGAUACCCGCUCUUCAUCACCUGCGCAUCCAGAUUGCAGCUGUUUACGAAUUCUAUGUUACGGAAAACACCAGUCGCCAUUUUGCUGGCAAAAAAAAUCAACACUUGACAUCGCAUUAAUCCGUACAGCUGUAUUUUUAUUUUGUCGGCGUCUGGAUUAGGAAUACAUAAAGGCAAGCAACAA